CAAAGAUGGUCGGUGUUUCUGGUUCAUGUCUCUGAAUGACUGAAGUCCAGAAGAUGGAUGAUUGUGUGGAGAAAGAGGAGGAGAGACCAGAGUCUCCAGGAUCCAUCUGUCUGUCUAUGAAGAGUGACCGGUCCAAAGAUGAUCCUCCAAACUUCAGUAAAGAACCUGGACCCUCAGACACAAAAGGUCGGUACCGCAGUCAGAGACCAGAGUCUCCAGGAUCCAUCUGUCUGUCUAUGAAGAGUGACUGGUCCAAAGAUCAACCUCCAAACUUCAGUAAAGAACCUGGACCCUCAGACACAAAAGGGAGGAAGAGGAGAGGAGUUUGUGUGGAGGAGCAGCCGUCCUGCUGUCCUUUGUGUCAGGACAUCCUGAAGGAUCCAGUCUCUAGCAGCUGUGGACACUGGUUCUGCAGACGCUGCAUGAGCUCAUAUUGGGACCAGUCUGCUCCACCAGGACCGUCCUCCUGUCCCCAGUGUGGAAAAAGAUCCAGAACCAGAGCUGGACUGCAGACAGCCAGUCAGAGCAGAACUGUACCAGCAGAUGCUGGUCUGCAGGAGGUCCUAGAUGAACACAAGACCAGUCUGAGGAGGAGAUGUGAACAUGUGACUGAAGGAACUGAUGAACCAGGAAGUAGAACCUCCCUCAACAGGAUCUACACGGAGCUCUUCAUCACAGAGGGACUGAGUGAAGAGGUUGAUACCCAACAUGAGGUGAGGCAGCUGGAGACAGCUUCCAGGAUGAAGAGCCUCCAUGACGCUCCAAUCAGGUGCCAGGACAUCUUUAAAGCCUUACCUGACCAACGUGGAGCCAUCAGAGUGGUUCUGACCAACGGCGUCGCUGGCGCUGGGAAAACCUUCUCGGUUCAGAAGUUCUCUCUGGACUGGGCCAAGGGCUCGGAGAACCAAGACGUCACCGUGGUGAUUCUGCUCUCGUUCAGGGAGCUGCACCUGAUCGGAGAUGAGCAGUUCAGUCUUCUCAGGCUGAUCCAGGUUUUCCAUCCAUCGUUACAGAAGCUCACAGCAGAGCAGCUGGCUGCCGGGAAACCGUUGUUCAUCUUUGACGGCCUGGAUGAAAGCAGACGUUCCCUGGACUUCAACAACGGUCCGGUCGUGUCUGACGUCACACAGAGCUCAUGGGUCAACGUGCUGCUGACCAACCUCAUCCAGGGGAACCUGCUUCCCUCAGCUCUCCUCUGGAUCACUUCCAGACCUGCAGCAGCCAAUCAGAUCCCUCACAAACACGUGGACAGGGUGACAGAAGUACGAGGCUUCACCGACGGCCAGAAGGAGGAAUACUUCAGGAAGAGGUUCAGGGAUGAAGAGCGGUCCAGCAGCAUCGUCUCCCACAUGAAGACAUCCAGAACCCUCCACAUCAUGUGUCAACUCCCGGUCUUCUGCUGGAUCACUGCUACAGUUCUGGACCACAUGUUGACCACAGAGCAGAGAGGAGAGCUGCCCAAGACCCUGACUGACAUGUUCUCCCACUUCCUGGUGGUCCAGACAAAGAGGAAGAAGAACAAGUACCAGGAGGGACAUGAGACGAGUCCACAGGAGCUGACGGAGGCUGACAGGGACUUUCUCCUGAAGCUGGGGAGGCUGGCGUUUGAACAUCUGGAGAAAGGAAACAUCAUGUUCUACCAAGAAGACCUGGAGCAGUGUGGUCUUGAUGUCGCAGAGGCCUCGGUGUACUCAGGAGUUUGUACCCAGAUCUUCAGGAGAGAGUGUGAGAUCUUCCAGAAACCUGUCUACUGCUUUGUUCAUCUGAGCGUCCAGGAGUUCCUGGCUGCAGUCUACGUGCUCCACUGUUGCUCCACCAGGAACACAGAUGUGCUGGAGAACUUCCUGGGAGGAAACUCCAAAUACUCAUCUCUGGAUAAGUUCCUGAAGAGAGUCAUGCAGAAAUCCCUGGAGAGUAAAAAUGGCCACCUGGACCUGUUUGUCCGCUUCCUUCAUGGUCUUUCUGUGGAGUCCAACCAAAGACUCUUAGGAGUUCUGCUGAACCAGACGGAGAACCAUCCAGAAACCAUCCAGAGAGUCAUCAACAACCUGAAGGAGAUGAACACUGACAGAUUCUCUCCUGACAGAAGCAUCAACAUCUUCCAGUGUCUGAUGGAGAUGAACGACCUCUCAGUUCAUCAGCAGAUCCAAGAGUUCCUGAAGUCAGAGAACAGAUCAGAGCAGGAACUCUCUGAGAUCCAGUGUUCAGCUCUGGCCUACAUGCUGCAGAUGUCGGAGGAGGUUCUGGAUGAGUUGGACCUGAACAAGUACAAGACAACAUUGUGGGGUCGAGUGAGACUGAUUCCAGCUGUGAGGAACUGCAGAAAGGCUCGAUUUGUUGAUUGUCAUCUCUCAAAGACUCACUAUGAAGUUGUUGCGUCCGCUCUGAAGUCCAACCCCUCCCAUCUGACAGAACUGGACCUGAGUCAGAACCAGAAGCUGCAGGGUUCAAGAGUGAAGCUUCUGUCUGGUGGACUGGAGAGUCCAAACUGUAGACUGGAGACUCUGAGGUCAGUCCACUGGAGAUGUUUCCACAUUUAUACAGUUAUCACCACCAAAACUACGAUGCCCUACCGCUGCAGAUCCACUCCAAAGUUUGCAGUGAAAUCCUUCCACACUGCUGCUUAA